AUGCAGAAUCCAAUCCCAAGAGCGAGACGUACACUUGCAGCCGCCAUCUUGUUCUCAGCUUUCACAAUAUGGGCUGUUCACUACCAGCAAGAGCAGGAAAGAGAGACGAUGUACCAAGGCGUUCUUCGAGAUGAUGAGCGACGUCGAGAAAAGAUGCAACAAAGACAAGCCGAGUUCGACGAAUCCAGGAGGAAGCGCGAAAUAUACGAGCGAGUUCAGACGGUAGACAAGCCUCCGACAGCAUAG